ACCCGGGAGCGAGGUGGAGCAGGGCUUCCCGGGCGGAGGAGGCGCGCGGCAGGCACUGGCUCUACCGGUCCGGGAGACCCCUUCGAGUGACUCAUAGGAGACAGACGGGGGCUGGAGAAAUGGGCCCCGUGAGGCGGGCGUGACCCUCGAGUCCAGCCCGCCAGCCCGACGACCAGCCGGGAGGACAGCACCAUGGCUGGAGUCGUGGAGCAGAAGAGCGGGCUGGUGCACGGCAAGCUGGGCGAGGCUGGCAAGAGGAACGGCCUCAUCAACACCAGGAGCCUGGUGGCCGAGAGCCGGGAUGGCCUGGUGUCCGUGUACCCUGCUCCCCAGUACCAGAGCUGCCGGGUGGUGGGCAGCGUGGUGCCGGCUGGCCCAGACGGCGCCAGGAACGAGCCGCUCCAACAGCUGCUGGACCCCAGCACGCUCCAGCAGUCGAUGGAGUCCCGCUACCGGCCCAACCUCAUCCUCUACUCGGAGAGCGUGCUGCGCCCCUGGGGGGACGGCGUGGCGGCCGACUGCUGUGAGACCACCUUCAUCGAGGAUCGCUCGCCCACCAAGGAGAGCCUGGAGUACCCCGAUGGCAAGUUCAUCGACCUCUCGCCCGAAGACAUCAAGAUCCACACGCUAUCCUACGACGUGGAGGAGGAGGAAGAGUUCCAGGAGCUGGAGAGUGACUACUCCAGCGACACGGAGAGCGAGGACAACUUCCUCGUGAUGCCCCCGCGGGACCACCUGGGCCUCAGCGUCUUCUCCAUGCUCUGCUGCUUCUGGCCGCUGGGCAUCGCCGCCUUCUACCUGUCCCACGAGACGAACAAAGCCGUGGCCAAGGGGGACUUCCACCAGGCCAGCACCAGCUCCCGGCGGGCCCUCUUCCUGGCCGUGCUCUCCAUCACCAUAGGGACCGGCAUCUACGUGGGUGUGGCCGUGGCCCUCAUCGCCUACCUCUCCAAGAGCAACCACCUAUGAGCUUCCCCGGGCACACGAGGAGCCUGGGCCAGUCAUGUGCGGAUGCAGAGGAGCAGGGCUGGCCAGGGUAGACACACAGGUGGAGAUACACCUGUGUGAAGCUGUCACAGUGUAAGUCAUCGCCAAUGACGCCACGAAACGCUGGGAUUUAUGGAUUCCCUUUGUUUUCACCCUUUCAUAUCAUUUUCACAGCACUGUGUAGAGCUUGGGACAGAUGGGGCACUGCUGACCCAUUCCCAGUGGAUGCUCCGAAGAUCCUGACCCUCAAGGCCAUCUCCUUGCGGAGAUGGUGGAUUAAUGGCCAGUGCCCAGGAUGCCAGAGCAUUAGCAACAGACAAACAGGAACACGUGUUCAUUUAUUUAUUUAUUUAUUUUGGAAUAUGGUGCAACAGGAAGAGGGCAGGGGACACAUGCUAUCCUGCCGGUGGCCCUGCCUGACAGCACCGCCCCCUCCGUCCAUGCAUCGUCCCUGCAGGAAGGAAAUAGGCCAGGCAAGGGGAGAGAUAGAGCAGCUGCUGGAAGGACCCCCAGCUGUCACAGGUCUUCAGACGAGUCCAGCCCUGAGAAUGCAAAACCAGAAUCGCCCCCAGGCCCAGAACGUCGCUCCCUCCACGCUGUCCCCGGCCGAGGAAUGUCAGGCCUCCUCUGGAACACGCCCACCUCCGCAGCCACCACGCAGCAAUAUGCAGUCCUGGGGUCCUCGUUGAUCUGGGGCCAGGGGCAGGCCGGCCCCUCCCCGGACUCUUCCCCGGAGGACCCAGGUUUGCUCCAGGAACUCCAAGCCCAGGAGCCGCGGACACCCCGGGGUAUGCUUCUCCCCACCUGCUGACACCUUGGUGACGACAGUGACACUAGUGAUCUUACUGAGGACACGACUAAAUGAAUAGCUAUUUUCUUGUCAUUUUUUUAAGUGCAACUGUUGCUUCCUGCUGCUUCAGUUAUCAGAUGAAUGCUGAGAAAUAAGUAAUCACAGACAUUUUAAUACCAUUUCAUGGCUGUUUCACGAGUGUUCAUUAUUUAACAAAAAUUAUCUUUUAGAUUUUUUGUUUUUUCUUUUAGCUUAGACUCUCUGAUUAAUAUCAAUCCUGGGGUUUCACUGAAGCUUUUUUCUUGUUGUUUAAGUGGCUACAGAGCCACCAGGAGCAGUAGCGGGGCGUCCUGGGGUUGGCGGGGGGUCACAGCGUCCCCAGGCACUGACGUUCCCACGUGAACAUGUCCGUAAAUAUUUUAUCCUGAUACCUCAGCGCAUGCGGAGGACUUCGCUCCAGAGCAGGGGUUCCGCCCAUGGCACUUAGGAUGGCCCUGCUGCCUGGGUCCCAGCCCCAGAAAUCUUAAAUGAUUGAUCAGGGAUGCAGCCUGGUGAUUUCAGGGUGCAGUGGAAAUUAAGAACCACAGUCCUGGGAUAAGGACUCAGGUUUGAUCCCCUCACCUGCUGCUCUUCUCGCCGACCUUAAACACUUCCUGGUGGCUCAAAGGUAAAGAAUCUGCCUGCAAUGCAGGAGACACAGGUUCGAUCCCUGGGUCAGGAAGAUCCCCUGGAGAAGGAAAUGGCAACCCAUUCUAGUUAUUCUUGCCUGGGAAAUCCCAUGGACAGAAAUCCAUGCAGGCUACAGUCCAUAGCGUCGCAAAGAGUCGGACAUGACUGAAGCGACUUAGCACACACCCAUUCUGAAAAUUAUUAGCACUGCCUUCCUCGGUCAAAACUGAGAUCCAUCAGGUAUUUGCAUCUAUGGAUGCUCCAAACACAUGCCCUAGGGACUUCCCUGGUGGUCCACCAACCAGCGUGAACCAACACUUGGGGCACAAGUUCAAUCCCCGGUCAGGGAGCUAAGAUCCCAUAAGCCACACGGCGUGGCAAAAAAAAAAAAAAAACCAACAACAAACCAACCACACUCAAAACAGGAUAUAUGGAAGAAGCCCAGAGAUUUCUGGAAGAGUUGGAGUAAUCUGAUGCGAGAGACUGGAUUUGGGACCGAACCAACCCAGGUUUUAGCUGUGAUCCUGGGCAGGUGGGCACACUUCUUGGUCCUCAUCUCUCGGGGAAGGUGAUGAGAGAGGAUGCUGCUGAACGCAGGCUGAAGGCCAGGUUCAGCCACCGGGUGCAGAGAUGGGUGGUCACAGGCCCCAAGGACCCGUCCCCCAGCUUGGUGCCACCCUCCCAUCCUUUCAACUUAGCCUCUCCAGUUCAUUCAUCAUGAGCCAUUGUGUGAAGUGCUCUUUGUAUUUGUCCUAAAAUGCCUAUUUUUCACUCAAGCGGUGCCCAGAGUUGCCUAUC